AAAAGUGGCCCUGUAAAACAAGAAAUAAUAUCUGUACAAGACACCUGCAUGAAGGACCCGUCUACCUGCAUGUCAAUGCAGAGAUUCCACUCUGGAGAGGAUGCCUAUGAAUGUAAUGAGUAUGGGGAAGUUUUCACUUACAGAUCCACAGUGACUCAGCAUGUGUUAAUUCACAUGGGAAGAAAACCCUAUAAAUGUAAUGAGUGUGGGAAAGAAUUCCACAAGAGCACUCAGCUUUCUAUACACAAAAGGACACAUACUGGAGAAAAACCCUAUAAAUGUAACGAAUGUGGGAAAUGCUUCAGCCAAAAUGCUAACUUAUAUUCACACCAAAGGAGUCACACGGGAGAGAAACCUUAUAAAUGUAAUGAGUGUGGGAAAGAAUUCCAUCGGAGCACUCAGCUUCAUGUACACCGAAGAACUCAUACUGGAGAGAAACCUUACAAGUGUAAUGAAUGUGGGAAACACUUCAGCCAAAGCACUAACUUACAUUCACACCAAAGAACUCACACAGGAGAAAAACCCUAUAAAUGUAAUGAGUGUGGGAAAGAAUUCCCUCGGAGCACUCAGCUUUGUAUACACCAAAGAACACACACUGGAGAGAAGCCCUAUAAAUGUAAUGAGUGUGGAAAACACUUCAGCCAAACUGCUAACUUACUUUCACACAAAAGAAGUCACGUGGGAGAGAAAUCCUAUGUCUGUAAUAAAUGUGGAAGAGGUUUCUGUCAUCCUUCAUCCUUUAGUCAACAUAAGAGAAUUCACACUGAAGAGAAACCAUAG